AUGUCAGUUUUAGAGAGUGUUGAUACAUCCAAUCGUCACCAAGGUGUUGGUAUUGUAGGAGCCGGGCUUGUAGGGUGCUUAGCGGCUUUGGCGUUCGCAGCCAAGGGAUAUUCGGUUACACUCUUCGAGCUCAGACCUGAUCCCAAAACAGUAGAUGCUUCAGAACGUAAUUUGCGCUCGAUUAACUUGGCAGUUUCGAACCGAGGUAUCCGUGCUUUGAAGUAUGUAGAUGAUGCGAUGGCAGACCGAAUUUUAGAACAUAUCAUACCAAUGAAGGGUAGAAUGAUCCACGAUACUACUGGAACGAAACAGGAAUCUCAGCUUUAUGGACUUUUUGGUGAAAGCAUCAACUCAAUAGACCGAGGGUUUUUGAACGACUGUUUGUUGGCUGAAAUGCGCCAUUCUGACGAUAUCAAUGUGCUUUUCAACCACAAGUUGGUCCAAUUGGAUCAUUUGAUGAGAGAAGAUGAAACACCUACCAUGACCUUUGUAGAUACCAGAGAUAAUAAGGCUGAGCCGAAGACUUUUGAGUUCGACUACAUUGUAGGCGCUGACGGAGCACAUUCUCAGUUCAGAUACCAGAUGCAGCGGCUGAUGAGAAUGGACUUUCAGCAGAAGUACAUCGACAUGCAAUACUUGGAGCUCUAUAUUCCCCCAAACACCCUAGAAGGUGCUACCUCAAAAUUUUCUAUCGAUCCCAAUCAUCUUCAUAUCUGGCCCAGACACAACUUCAUGUUGAUUGCAUUGGCGAACAAGGACGGUUCAUUCACAUCAACUUUCUUUAGUCCCUGGUCGGUCAUAGAACUGAUCAAGAGUGCUCAGGAAUGGGUUGUGUUCUUUAAGAAGAACUUCCCGGAUGCCUACAAGCUUAUGGGAGAUGAUCACUUGAUUUCAGUUUACGAAAGUAAUCCUCGUGGAACUUUGAUGCAAGUUACGGCCUACCCGUACCAUAACCCUACUGGUAGAGCCAUCAUCAUCGGUGAUGCUGCUCACUCUAUGGUUCCUUUCUAUGGACAGGGCAUGAACUGUGGCUUUGAGGACGUGAGAGUAUUGAUGGAGUUGAUAGACACCAACCAUGGAAACGUGACUAAGUCGUUCAAACAGUACUCGGAUGCUCGUAAAAAGGACUUGGAUGCCAUCUGUAAACUCGCUUUGGAUAACUAUCACGAAAUGUCAUCUAAAGUCACUAGUCCACUCUACUUGAUCCGCAAGAAAUUGGACUACACCUUGGGCAAAUACGCUAAUGGAACUCUUUUCCAAUGGCUUCCCUUGUACACCAUGAUCUCCUUCCGUGACGAUAUUCCGUAUGCUAAAGCUAUCGCUAUAGAAAAGAGACAGGCCACUAUCUUGAACCGGGUCCAGAUUGUUUCCUUGACGGCGUUAGCUCUUUACGGAGCUGUCAAAGCUGCACAAUGUUGGGACAGAUUCAGACGUUGA